GGUUUCCUCUACCGGAAGGUAUACCUCUGCCGUUUGUUCAGUUGAACUGAAUAUCCGCCAGAAGUAAGCAUUCAUUGGAACCAUCGGACACAGUUGCACUGAAGGAGCUUCCAGAGAACAUCUGCUGCCCCGCUGAUACAGCUUUGUCCCUAACAACCCUAAAAACCCAAGGGCCCGCUCGGUUUUAUGGCGCCGACCGCACUCGCCAGUCACAAGAGGUGUAGAAACAGAAGCAUUCAGUCCAAGACUCUCUCCUCAGCUUUCUUUUGUUAUAGCAAGAUGCUGAAGGCAGUUCUGUGGUUGGAAGCAGCAGCGCUGUUAGUGGUGGCAGAGACAGCGGUUGAAGUCCCAAAGUAUAACGCCCCUUCCACCCCUCCCCCGCGCUUGUCAGCGAGACCGGAGGACGCCCGCAGCCGCGUGGUGGGCGUGCAACAAGGGCUCUGGACUGUGCCAUCCAACCAGGUGUUCCUACGUUACAACUUCUCCGUGCGAGAGAGCGAGCCUGUCCCGACGCUUUUCAAUUAUACCAUCUGCUACUGGAUCAGAGGCGAAAGAUCCGCGUCACUUUUCGUCCACGUUUCUUAUGCCGUGAGUGACCUGGAUGCCAACAACAUUCUACUGUAUCAAGCACACGACCGACUCCUCGCUUUCAUCAACGGCAUCUACCAGAGCAGUUCACAGGCACGCGAGUUCCUCUUCGUGCCCGGCGUCUGGCAUCACCUGUGCCAUGUAGUAGAGGAAGAGGACUAUGCCGUUUACUGGGGAGGGAAGGAAUUUUUGAGCGGGUCGUUAGUAGGUGUUCCUGGAGCGCCGCUGAAUGGAAGUCUGGUCAUUGGCCAAGAACAAGACAGAUAUGGCGGAAAAUUCGAUAGGUAUCAGGGUCUGUUCGGGGAAAUCGGUCAGCUCAACGUCUGGGAUCGACCGCUGUCACUCACUGAAAUCGCGAAUAUGGCAGUUUGUCGUAGUUCAUCCCGAGGAAACGUUUUCAGCUUGGACGCAGCGAACAUGGAGGUUGUUGGAAACGUUUCGGACACGAGGGUGGAACUCGGCUACUUCUGCAGGGAGACGGUACACUAUGUUGUGCUGUCCGAGAGGCUAACUUUCCCGGAAGCCUCGGCGCUGUGCCGGCUCAUUGGGGGUACCAUGCCAGCGCCGGCCUCAAGCCACGGCAAUGACAUCCUUCUCAAGAACGCCGAGCCCUUCAUGGACAGCUGCGCCCCUGAAUCUAAUUGGAAAUACUGGCUCGGGAUUGUCAAACAGAAGGAGACCGACACUUGGGUCAAUGUCGAGAGCGGUGAGGAGGCGCACUUCCUCAACUUUGCAAAGCCGUAUCCAAUGAAGGCCGAUCAGUACCAAUGCGUGGUGCUCUUAGACGAUGGCACUUGGGCGAAUCACCGGUGCAGCCUCAAGAAAUGCGCGAUAUGCCACCUCCCGACUCCCAGUCUUCUGUACCUCAGGGGCUUCUGCUUCGACAUAGAUUAUCAGAGGAAAUUCCGGGUGGAUAAGUAUUUUGGCGGGCGUCUGGUGUUCCGCGGCCUUGAGGAUCUUUUCAUCUUCUGGAGCGAAGGGGACGAAUCGUGGCGCCUGCAUGACAUAGACCGGAAUGUGACCGUGGCUCGAACGGAGCAAGUCGGACGCAACAGCUAUCCUGUGGGGACUCAUCGCUGGGUGGCCGUCGAGCAGGUCUGCGACAUGCAGAAGGGAAGUGUUUUUGAAAUGAUUCUGUCGAAGUGCACGGACGACCUUUUCGUGUGCUCCUCGGGAGACUGCAUCGAACGAAGUCUUCGCUGUAACUUAUGGAAUGAUUGUUCAGACGGCAGCGAUGAAGAAAACUGCGACGUUGUUGCAAUCGGGAGCAGUUACCAGCCCCAUCUGCCUCCCCGAGGACCCGCGGACGCUGCACUCACCCUCACGCCCACUGUGACGCUGUCCCGCAUUGCCAAAAUCGAUGAGAUCGAAAUGUCCGUCACGCUCGAGUUCUACGUAACUCUUGCCUGGCGCGACGAGAGGCUCAGCUUCCGACACCUGACGCCCGGGAAGGAGACGCCGAUCCCGGCAACGCAAGCGGACAGAAUGUGGACUCCUGACUUCCAGCUGCUGGACCUCGAGGGAGGGCAGCCCAAGGUCCUGGACGAGAAGGUCAUGGUCACCACUGCUAACAACGCUACUUUGCCCAUGUUUAACAGCAUAGAGAGAGAUCUGACAUACCCCGGGGCAGAAAACGUCCUCACAAUAACUCGCCAGUUCAACGCGAAGUUCACCUGUUUGUUCAAUCUCCACGUCUACCCCUUUGACAAGCAAGAGUGCAGCAUCAACAUCCGGCUUUCCCGCGCUUACCAGGACCGAGUUAGCUUCUCGCGAGAGGGCUGGAGAGAGAGCUACACCGGGCCAAAGGAACUCGCUCUCUACACGGUCAAGGGCGUGGCGUUCCGAACCACGAACGACCCUCGAACUGAACUUAGUCUCGGUUUCGAACUCCAUCGCCGGCAGGGAGUGAUCCUGCUCUCGACCUUCGUACCGUCGGUGCUGCUCCUGCUGGUGAGCUGGGCUGCGCUCUUCCUCAAGGAUCUGAAUGUGAGUGCGAAUCUGUCUCUCACGAACCUCCUGGUGCUCUAUACUCUCUUUUCCAAUUUGCUUCGUUCCGUCCCCGACACCGCCGCCGUCAAGAUGAUCGACAUUUGGUUCUUCUUCGCCAUAAGCCUUCUCUUCCUCAACAUCAUGGUGAUAAUCUUCAUUGACUACGCCGCUAGCUUCUUCCUGAACGCCCAGGCGGGAGAGAGUGCCAAGGAUACAAGUCUCGAAAAGAAACGCGAGAGGAUUAUGUCUCUGUAUAGAUCGGUGAUUCCUUUUGCGUUCUCUGUUUUUAAUGUCACUUAUUGGUGGUUAGUAGUAUUUGUAUACAAUUAAUUAUACAAGUUUUGAAGACGAUAAAUCUAACACUGAGCAUGCUAUCUUGCCUCUGAUCAAAACAGAUUAGAGACCUUUCAGUAGAAUUUUUUUCAGCCAUUCAGGUAGUAUUACUUCAAUAUUAAAAUACGAGAUGCUACUGAUAAAAAGAAUAAUUAUUUAUGCACCAUUUCAAAGAGGAAAAAUGUAGGACAUGAAAUGCAUUAACAUCUGAGAUAUAUAAGAAUUCCUUAGUAGAUUAUUUUGUCUGCAGAUAACACCCCAGCCGCAUAAACCCUAUCAUAAACUUACUAGUGAUAAAUGAUAGUUGUUGAGUUAAAUAACAGUGUAUAUCUUUUCAUUAAGCUUACUAAUACAGUAGUUAUCCAUAAAACAUUUAACAUUUUCUCUGGGAUUAUUAGUUGUAUAAAAAUAUCAGAAUCAUAUAUCUUUAUUUAGCCCAAUAUUGUACAUCUGUAAUAUGGCUGGGCCUUCCAGUCAGCUUGAAGCACCAUUUAUUUAACUUGCUUAUCAUAAUUUAAAUGCAUAUACUGAUAUUUUGACAAAUACCAUGCAGCUUACCAAAAAUAUUAAGGGAAAAAGCAUAAACACUAAUACAGUAAAUGACUUUAAGAUACAGCUAGGUUACAGUACUUUUUAGUUUCCAGCUAUAUUAACACAUGGUUAUUUUCAUAUUUAUUUACAUUACAUUGUUGUAAAAUCUAUUUAUGAUUGUAAAGAUAAACGAAGAAAGAGAGACACAGAACAAAGAAUUUAUUACCUCAUAAAACAUAUCAAAUUUCAAUGCGCAUCUGAAGGUUUGCAAUGUUGCACAAGAUAGAAUUCCACUAGAAAGGGCAUUCCAGACAUGGGUAAAUGAUACUAAAUUUUGAUUGGUCGGGUUUGUUGUUCCUCAUAGGACAUAUUUCAUCAACUCUAAUGCUAGACAGAUCAUUUCCUGACGCACUCACAUCCUUAAGAAUAGACGAUUCAUUGCAGUAAAUGUGACUUUCGUUAAG